AUGUCCUCUCUUGGAAUAUCUACGGCUUGCCUAGGGCCCCUGGAGGCGAAUCUCUUCCGUCGCCCCGAUCCAGUUAGUGUUCUCCAAGGGAAGAGUACUGGUGAUGCUGGCGAGGGAUCCACCAGAUACGAUGAGGAUAACUAUACGAUCAGACCUCACAGUGGCAUGGGCGACGAUGGAUGGAUGGGUGAACAGCAGACAUUCAAAUACUCGAUCAGCUCAAGACCCCCGGCUCCAAGUGCAGACAGAUAUAGCGAUGUUUCGCGACCUUGUGGCAACCUCGUGUAUGGAUGGGCUGAAUCGGUUAGAAAGGUUGCAAGAGGGCUGGGAAGAGGCAGAUCAGGGUCGACCCGGCCGUUUCACGAUACGUCAACACCAUCUCUGGCGGACCGAAACACCAUGGUCAGCCAGCACUAUAUACGGGAAUUUCGGCUAGCAGUCGGCAUCGAUGUGCGGGUUAUCAUGUGA